GUGGACGCCCAGGGAUGCAAAUCGAGUGAACCUCGGGUUUGCCGCGAAACUUUUCAGUGUUUCAGCUCUGUCUGUUGUGUCACCCAUUGCUGACUGCUUCAUCCCACUGUCUCGCCGGCUGAAAACCGGAGUCAGCUGAGUGAGCAAGGGCCGAGAAACUGAUGAGGACUUACUAAUGGAAAUGGAUGAUAAUGGCCUACAGACGUCUUGCUGUGAUACAAGAUGGUCACAGCAACUGUCAGGCCUUCCUCCCAAGCUCCUGCAGCGCCUGAUGCCUUUCCAACGAGAGGGAGUGGAGUUUGCCUUGUCUAAGAACGGACGAUGUAUGAUUGCUGAUGAGAUGGGUCUUGGGAAGACGGUGCAGGCCAUCGCCGUGGCGUACGCCUUCAGGAAGGAGUGGCCCCUCCUGGUGGUGGUGCCCUCGUCCCUGAAAUAUCCCUGGAUAGAGGAGCUGGAGAGGUGGAUCCCUGAGCUGCAGCCCAGAGACAUCAACCUGGUGGAGAACAAGAGUGACACCAUGGGCAUCAGCAGCAGUAAGGUGACAGUACUGGGUUAUGGGCUGCUCACCACAGAUGCGCGCCCCCUGGUGGAGGCUCUGAGCAGGCAGAAGUUCGCUGUGGUCGUGGUGGAUGAGUCACACUACCUCAAAUCCAGGAGCGCAGCACGGACCAAACUUCUGGUUCCGGUCAUUCAGAGCGCAAAGAGGGCCAUCCUGCUCACUGGUACCCCUGCUCUUGGUCGGCCUGAAGAGCUGUUCAUGCAGAUUGAUGCCCUCUACCCCAAGAAGUUUGGAACCUGGACUGACUAUGCCAAGAAAUACUGUAACGCCCAUUACAGGUACUUCGGGCCUCGGAGGCAGUGGGACUGUCGUGGAGCGUCCAACCUGGAGGAGCUGCACCAGCAGCUGAGCAAGAUUAUGAUACGUCGUCUGAAGGCCGAGGUGCUGACUCAGCUGCCGCCAAAAAUACGCCAACGUAUCCCCUUUGACCUGCCGAAGGAGGCUGCAAAGGAGGCCUCGGCCAGCUUUGCCAAGUGGGAGAAACUGAUGAAGGGGCUCGGGUCUGGGGCUGUCGACGUGGAGAACCCGUUCACUCAAGUCAUGGGCCUGGUCACACAGAUGUACAAGCAAACUGCAAUCGCCAAGGCUGGAGCGGUGAAAGACUACAUUAAGAUGAUGCUGGAGGCAGAGCAGCUUAAGUUCCUGGUGUUCGCCCACCACCUCAUCAUGCUGCAGGCUUGCACGGAGGCCGUCAUCGAGGCUAAGGCUGGUUAUAUCCGCAUUGAUGGCAGCGUCCCAUCCUCUGAGCGAAUCCAGCUGGUCCACAAAUUCCAGAGUAACCCUGAGACACGGGUGGCCAUUCUCAGCAUCCAGGCAGCCGGUCAGGGUUUGACCUUCACCGCCGCCAGCCACGUGGUGUUUGCCGAGCUCUACUGGAACCCGGGCCACAUUAAGCAGGCUGAAGAUCGAGCCCACCGCAUCGGGCAGACGUCCUCGGUCAAUGUGCACUACCUCAUCGCCAAGGGCACCUUUGACACCGUCAUGUGGGCCAUGCUGAACAGGAAGGAAACGGUGACCGGCAGCACCCUGAACGGCAGAAAAGAAUACCUGAAGGCCGAUGAGGGCGACAAGGACAAGUGGGAGUUCCUAAACUUCGCCGAUGCGUGGACGCCGAGCGAGCUAUUGCUGCCGCUGGAGGGAAACUCAGGAAAUGUCAAAGAGGACGUGUUCUUUACUCAUUUUGAAAAGGAGAAGCAGCACGACAUUCGUGCCUUCUUCUCCCCGAGCGCCGGCAAAGAGAAGAAGAGGAAGAGAACAGAAGAUGAAGAAACAUCUCCCUCCAUGUCCUCAGAGACGACCAGCAGCGGAACAAACUUAGAAAAGGGAGAGGAGAAAGAAAAGAGCUGCUCCCAAACCCAAGAAACUGCCGACGUGGACUUCUCCUCGCAGGUGAAGAGAAUCCGGACGCCACAGCCGAGCCCGAGCCCUAGAUUUAGGGGAAAGAGGAGGUCGACUGGCUCCGGAAGCCCCAGCGUGCUGUCAAUCAUGGCCCCGAGGAAGCUGUCCCAGCCUGACCCUCCUACUGGAUCGUGGAGCUGUGGGGCCUGCACCUACUCCAACAGCAGCCUGCUGCCUUACUGUGAGAUGUGCGAGUUCCCACGCUCUUCUUCUGCUGUUACGUCAGAGCCACCCAGGCCUCAGCGACCCCCCUCCUCAUCCGAGCCGGACCGGGCGUGCGUCGUCCUCUCUGACUCCGACAGCGAGCCAGAGCUCAGCCGGGGAAAAGCCCGGCCUCCGACGUCGCGCAAAGACAAACAGAGCGAGGAGGCGGAGGAGGAGGAGGAGAGGGAGAAGGAUGAGCCUCAGAAAGACAAACAGAAAGUCGGAGAAGCAGAGGAGGAGGAGGACGAGCAGCAGCUCAAAGGCAAACAAUCAGCGGGAGAGCGAGGCGACAAUGGCGCCGACGCUGGCGGCUGCCUCCCCCCUGACCACACACGGGACCAGAGAGCUGCGGAUGCAAAUGACGAUGAUGAGGGCAAUGAUGGAGAAGAUGCCGACACCGCCCAUCCCAUCUACCCAGGUCUGCAGUUCUGUGCCAGCCAGUACACAGACCGAAUAUAUCUGUACUCCAAGGACGCUACUCCACUGAACUUGAGCUUCGUCCCUCUGGACAUCAAACUAACCAACUGGGACGACCUGCCGGAGGCCUUCAGCCGGCGCCGGGAAAAUCAAAUACAGGUCCUGAGGUUCGUUCAGGAUUGGAGCAGCCUGGCAGCCAUGAAGCAGAAACUGCUCCGACGCAGCGGCCUCCUCUUCCACAGCCCAACUCUCGGCCUGCAGCAGCUGGCUGCCGCCCAGCGCCCGCACUCGAGCACCAAGAGGUAUCUCAGCAAGGACGAGGUGGCCCAGGCCUCCCUGAGCAAGGCCCAGCAGGAGGGAGGGAGUGUGCGAGUGGUCACCAAGGAAAACUUCUUCACAAAGAGGAGGUCUGCUGCUUCACUAACACAGCCUGCCUCAGAGAGGCAGGACAAGGAGCAGACGUCAUCAGAGUCCAGCUUCCUGCAGGCGGUGGACAGCGAGGGCGUCCCCCUGUGUUUGUCCUGCCACAAGGCCUGCUCUAGCACCAGCGGGGCCUGGGACACUCGAUUCUGCAGCCACAGGUGCCAAGACGAGUUCCAGUUGCGCUCCAGUCAGCCCUACAUGCGCUCGCAGGUGUUUGAAGCCGAGAAGGGUAUCUGUCAGCACUGUGGCCUGCAAGCCCAUGACCUGUUCCUUAAGGUCCGCAAUGCCCCGCCCACCCAGCGCAAGGAGAUGCUGGAGAACAGUUGGCUCGCCCAGCUGUCGCUCAAACAGCUGAACGAGAUGAUCCGCGCUCCGGUCGAAGGGGAUUUCUGGCAGGUCGACCACAUCCGCCCAGUCUACAGUGGAGGAGGACAGUGCUCUCUGGACAACCUGCAGACGCUGUGCAUCGUCUGCCACAAAGCCAGGACGGCGCAGCAAGCCAAAGAGCGGAGCCAGAUGAGGAAGAGCGUUGCAGCCUCCAAGGUUGCGUCAGACAUCACCAGGUUCUUCGUCAGGAAAUGAGACAGAGAGGUUUAGCGAGGGUUGAAGAAUAUCUGAAUCAGACUGUUGGCUUGGUUUCCAACACCCAGGAUGAAGACACAGCAUGAUUAUUCACCAUCAGGACUCACAUUCAUGUUUAAGAAAAGCCGCUCAGUCUAACACAGUGGUCACCAACCUUCUGCUGCGAAACGCUAAACAACAAAAACAAAAACAUUAAAACUGACAAAAUUUUACCAAUGUUUACUUUCAAUUCAUAGAAAUCAAUUUAACCCACAUUUCAGACAGUAGAUACAGUUCUCAAUCCUUCAGCGUGUUCAGAGGGAGUUACAGAAGCACACAGCCACAGGAUUUCUCUUUUUAAUCCCUCUCUUCCUGCAGGAAUUAAAUAUAGAAAUUAACUUAGACUUAAGAAUUUCUUCAAAUAAUACAUGUACUAAACUACAGCAGAGGGUCAGGGACACUGACUGAAGAAAUUUAGGAUCCAAUUUAAUUUUUAAAUUCUGAAAUUGAAGUCAAAUUCUGAGAUUAAAAUUGGAAUAAUGAGAUGAAAGUUGGAAUUCUGAGAUUUAAGAAAAAACAGAGUUGUAAGAAUGAAGUUUGAAUUCUGAGCAUAACGUUGGAAUUCUCAGACUGAAAUUGGAAUUCUGAGACUUAUAACAGAGUCCUGAGAAUAGAGUAUGAAUUCUGAGUUUACAGUCAGAGUUCUGACAUAAAAGAUGGAAUUCUUAGACUGAAGUUGGAAUUCUAAGAUUGAAGGUGAAACUCUGAGAUUAAAGUUUGAAUUCUGAGAUUAAUCUCAGAAUUCUGUGAUUUAAGAGAGUUUUGAGAGUAAAGUUGGAAUCCUAAGAUUAAAAUUGGAAUUUUGAGAUUAAUGUCAGAAUUCUGUGAUUGAAUUGGAAUUCUGAGACUUCAAACAGAACAGAGUUUUGAGAAUAAAGCAUGAAUUCUGAUUUAAAAUCAAAGUUCUAACAUGAAUGAUGAAAUUCUCAGACUGAAGUUCGAAUUCUGGGAUUGAAGUGAAAUUCCGAGAGUAAAGUUGAGAUUAAAGUUGAAAUUCUGAAUUUAAAAUCAGAAUUUUGGGAUAUAAUUGGAAUUCUGAGACUUAAGACAGAACAGUGUUCUGAGAGUAAGGUAUGAAUUCUAAGAUUAAAUUCAGAAUUCCAACAUAAAAGAUGGAAUUCUGCGACUGAAGUUGAAAUUAUGAGAUUAAUGACAGAAUUCUGUGGUGUAAAACAGUGUUCUGAGAGUAAUGUUGGAAUUUUGAGAUUAAAGUUGAAAUUCUGAGUUCAAAAUCAGAAUUCUGGGAUAUAAUUGGAAUUCAGAGACUUAAGACAGAACAGAGUUCUGAGAAUAAAGUACGAAUUCUGAGUUUACUGUCAAAGUUCUGACAUAAAAGAUGGAAUUCUGAGACUGAAGUUAAAAUUCUGAGAUUGAAGUUUGAAUUCUAAGAUUAAUGUUAGAAUUCUGCGACUUAAGACAGAGUUCUGAGCGUAAAGUAGGAAUUCUGAAACUUAAAUUAGAAUUCUGUGAUUGAAGUUGGAAUUCCUAGUGUUAGAAUUCUGAGAUUAAAGACAGACUUCUGAGAGUAAAGUAGGAAUUAUGAGAUUUAAGUUGGAAUCCUGAAAUUAAAGUUGCAAUCCUGAGAUUAACAUUGUUAUUCUCAAAUUGGAGCCAGAAUUCUGCAUUUAAAGUCAUAGCUCUUAGAUAAAAGAUGGACUUCUGGGACUGAAGUUGGAAUUCUGAGGUUUAAAACAGAAUUCUGAGAUUAAAUUUGGAAUUCUAUGAUUGAAAUCAGAAUUCUGAGAGUAAAGUCAAAAUUCUGAGUUUUAAGUCAGAAUUCCUUAUUUCUAGUUGCCACUUUGUUCUGACUUCAUUCUCAGAAUUUUGUUUUUUUUUAUUCCUCAGAGUUCUAACAUUAAUCUCAGUUUCAGACUUUAAUCUCAGAAUUCUGACUUAAAUCUCGAAAUUCUAACUUCAGUCUCAAAAUUCGAACUUUACUCUGAAAUUAACUUUACUAUCCGAAUUCUGACUCUAAUCUCAGACUUCAGACUUUGAUCUCAGAAUUCAGGUCUUUCUCAGUAUAUGGACUUUAUUGAAUUUAUGAAUUAUUGCGUUUUUCAGAAUUUGGACUUUAUUCACAGAAUUCAGACUUCAAUCUCAGUAUUCAGACUUUUUUUUGGUUAAUCUCAGAAUUCUGACUUUAUUCUAUUAAUUCCGGCUUAAAUCUUUUAAUUCUGAUCUUUUUUUCUCAGAAUUUGGACUUUAUUGUCAGAAUUCUGACUUGAAUCUUGGAAUUCUGAUUGUAUUGUCAGAGAAAAGUAAAUUAAUUUUCUGACACUAAUCUCGUUCUGUAGAUUUCUACCAGCAUGGAGUUUAACGCAUCAGGAUUAUUCUCCAUCAGAACUCAAAGUCACAGAUUAGAAACACCUUUCAGUCUAACCGAAUGGGAUAAACAGCGGAUUUCCUUUAAAGAGCCUCACUUCCUCCUUCCUCCCCUCGAUGACAUCAGUGGUUUACUUUAAAAGCAGCGACCACUGCAUCAAAUGCUAAUUCAGCCCCUUCUCGUCCCCGAAACGUCACAAGUGCGGUAGUUUUGAUUUAUGACGCCCUGCUUUCGCUGGAGGCUGAAAUGGAGCAGGUUGUUUAGAGAGAUGCGGCUAUUUUAAGAUUUUGCAAACUUGCUGGGAAAGUUAGCAGGUGAGAGAUGAAUUAGGGGCUUCGUGAUUAAAACUCCACACCAAUGUGUCCUCAGUGGGGCCUUCAACAGGUGGUGAAUUGUAAAUCUUCUCUCCUGAAGAUGGAUGAAG